AUGGGCGGCGGCGCGGAGGCGAGCGAGCAGGCGCGCGGGCAGCAGCGGCCAACGAUAUCGAUCGCGGUGCCGGGGUCCAUCAUCGACAACACGCAGUCGCUCGAACGCGCCACCGCCGUAGCGGGGCAGAUCGCGCGCGCCGCCGUCAUUUUCAAGGUGCACGAGAUCGUCGUGUACGACGACUGGGACGCGGAGGGCGACUCGAGCGCUCCGCGCGGGUGGCGCGGGGAGCGCUUUUCGGGGUCCGCGGGGUCGUUCCUUGCGCGCGUGCUCCAGUACCUCGACACCCCGCAGUACCUCCGCCGCGCGCUCAUCCCGCUCACGCCCGACCUGCGCCUCGCGGGGUUGCUUCCGCCGCUGGACGCGCCGCACCACGCGCGCAUGCACGAGUGGCCGGAGUACCGCGAGGGCGUGGUGGUGGCGGAGGGGGAAGGGGGAGAGGCGCGCACAGGGGGGAGCUGCGCCGUGGACGUGGGGCUGCAGCAGAGAGUGCGUGUGCGAGGAAGCUUCUCGGAAGGCACGCGGCUGACAGUGGCCAUGGGGCCUGUUGCUGAGCGAGAGAAGGUGUUUCAGCCAGGAGUGCUGCUGACGGCGGUGGCUCCGCACGUGCCGUGGGGGGAGAGGGGGCAGUACUGGGGGUACACUGUCCGCCUUGCCAGGGGCGUCUCUGGCGCCCUCUCCGCCUGCCCCUUCUCCCCCGCGCCUGCCUCCGCGGAGGGGGGAGCGGGGGGCUCGGGGGACGGGGGAAAAAGGGCGGGGGAGGGGCGCAGCUCUGAUGCUGCUGUGGUGGGGGGCAGUGGGGGUGCGGGGGAGGGGGAUGGGGCGGAGGGGGGGGAGGGGAGGGAGGGCGGGGGAGACGGAGGGGAGGAGGGAGAGGAGGGGCGGGGGAAGAAGAGGAGGCGGCGAGGGGGGAGGAAGAGAGGGGCGAAGCGGGGGUUGUAUGGGGAGGGGGGUGGGGGUGAGGGUGGGCAGGGAGGGGGGGAAGGGGGAGCGGAAGGGGGAGGAGCAGGGGGGGGAGGCGCGUAUGAUCUGAUCGUAGGGACGUCGGAGCACGGCGAUGUGAAGGAGAUCGGGCAGUUCAAACUGCCUCCCUUCCGGAAUUUAUUGGUGGUGUUUGGGGGCGUGGCGGGGUUGGAGGAGGCGUGUGUGCAUUUAUUGGUGGUGUUUGGGGGCGUGGCGGGGUUGGAGGAGGCGUGUGAGGGCGACGAGGGGCUGGCUGCUUUUGAGAUGCAUUUAUUGGUGGUGUUUGGGGGAGUGGCGGGGUUGGAGGAGGCGUGUGAGGGCGACGAGGGGCUGGCGGGGGACAGCAGGGAGCCGAGGGGGCUGUGCCAGCUGUACCUCAACACGUGCCCCUUCCAGGGCUCCCGCACCAUCCGCACUGAGGUGCGCUCUUGA